AGCCUUACCGAAGAGGAGAGGCGGUUUGGUCCAGCUGGUUCGGAACAAGCCAAAGAGUAAAGGAGGCUAAUCUUAAAACUGGUAUUGAGAAGCGGGAAAAAGAGUCUCUUUAUAAGUGAUCUUAGUUUAGUCUUUUGCUACACACGACAAGUGAUCUACUUUUGCUCCACCAUAUUUGUGCUUCAUCUUCAGUUAAAAUUUUGUAAUUCUGCUUCUAAAUUAACUUAUUUUACUUUUAUUAUACUUAUCAAAGAUAUAUUUUUUUGAAGUGAAAUGAAUCAAGAGAAUAGUAAUUCUGAUAAAAUUACAAUAAAAGUAAGGCAUUCGGAUGAGGAUUAUCAUGACAUUACAAUUGAUUGGUCAAAUGAAAGUUUUGAUUACAGGAAACAAUUGUUCCAUCAGCUAUCUGCAUACACAGGCAUACCGAUUAAACAACGAUCUGAUGUACACGUGGUUCAUGUAAAUCAUCAGCGCAACGCCAGUAUGCUAAAUGCUGAACACGACCAAACAGGAUCUGCGAACGAUGUUUGGAAUUGGGAAUUUGAUACCAAAGAGCAUGCAAUGGAAAGUCUUCAUGAUGGCGAUUGUUUUCUAUUUGAAACGAUGAUGCAUGUAUAUGCUAAUGUUCCUGGUAUAAGUUGCACGUAUUACUUGGUGCAUCGUGAUGUGGCUAAUGAAUCUGGAUGUAACCCAAGAUAUUGCCAUGAUUUGGGUAGACGAUCUUUCACUAGAAAUAUUUCAGAGAUCAUAAAAGCAUACCAAUCGCAACCCAUUCUGGAUCCAAUGGUCAAUGGACAAACAGAAGAGGAAAGGAAACGCAUCAGAUUAUCUGUGUAUAAUGAUCAUAACAGGGAGAUAAUGAGCAUUGUAGACGCUCAUUCUGCCCCACAAGACUGUAGAAUAAGGCGCAUUGCUUUUGGUAUUUCAAAAGAAGACUUUGAAGUUAAAAUUCAAAAGUAUCUCAAAAAUGAUAUGGAUUCUCGACCAUUGGAUUCUAAUAUAUUUUUUAGAAGUGAAAUGAAUCAAGAGAAUAGUAAUUCUGAUAAAAUUACAAUAAAAGUAAGGCAUUCGGAUGAGGAUUAUCAUGACAUUACAAUUGAUUGGUCAAAUGAAAGUUUUGAUUACAGGAAACAAUUGUUCCAUCAGCUAUCUGCAUACACAGGCAUACCGAUUAAACAACGAUCUGAUGUACACGUGGUUCAUGUAAAUCAUCAGCGCAACGCCAGUAUGCUAAAUGCUGAACACGACCAAACAGGAUCUGCGAACGAUGUUUGGAAUUGGGAAUUUGAUACCAAAGAGCAUGCAAUGGAAAGUCUUCAUGAUGGCGAUUGUUUUCUAUUUGAAACGAUGAUGCAUGUAUAUGCUAAUGUUCCUGGUAUAAGUUGCACGUAUUACUUGGUGCAUCGUGAUGUGGCUAAUGAAUCUGGAUGUAACCCAAGAUAUUGCCAUGAUUUGGGUAGACGAUCUUUCACUAGAAAUAUUUCAGAGAUCAUAAAAGCAUACCAAUCGCAACCCAUUCUGGAUCCAAUGGUCAAUGGACAAACAGAAGAGGAAAGGAAACGCAUCAGAUUAUCUGUGUAUAAUGAUCAUAACAGGGAGAUAAUGAGCAUUGUAGACGCUCAUUCUGCCCCACAAGACUGUAGAAUAAGGCGCAUUGCUUUUGGUAUUUCAAAAGAAGACUUUGAAGUUAAAAUUCAAAAGUAUCUCAAAAAUGAUAUGGAUUCUCGACCAUUGGAUUCUAAUAUAUUUUUUAGAAGUGAAAUGAAUCAAGAGAAUAGUAAUUCUGAUAAAAUUACAAUAAAAGUAAGGCAUUCGGAUGAGGAUUAUCAUGACAUUACAAUUGAUUGGUCAAAUGAAAGUUUUGAUUACAGGAAACAAUUGUUCCAUCAGCUAUCUGCAUACACAGGCAUACCGAUUAAACAACAAUCUGAUGUACACGUGGUUCAUGUAAAUCAUCAGCGCAACGCCAGUAUGCUAAAUGCUGAACACGACGAAACAGGAUUUUUUAACGCUCAUUACGCUUGGCAAUACGAUACCAAAGAGCUUGCAAUGAGCGUUUUUCAUGAUGGCGAUUGUUUUCUACUUGAAACAUUAAUGCAUGUAGAUGAUAUAGUUCCUGGUAUAAAUUGCGCGUAUAAAUUGGUGCAUCGUGAUGUGGCUAAUGAGUCUGGAUGUAACCUAAAAUAUUGCCAUGAUUUGGGUCGACGAUCUUUUACUAGAAAAAUUUUAGAGAUCAUAAAGGCAGACCAAUCGAAACCCAUUCUGGAUCCAAUGGUCAAUGGACAAACAGAAGAGGAAAGGAAACGCAUCAGAUUAGCUUUGUAUGAUGAUCAUCUUAAGGGGAUAAAAACCAUUGCAGACGCUCAUUCUGUCCCACAAGACUGUGAAAUAAAGUAUUACUAUGCUAAAAGCGCUUCUGGAUAUCUAGAUUUUAUAUAAUUACUUAGGCUUACCUCAAUUUCGUUGUACUCUUCAUUCACUAUCUCAAAAUUGAUUGCUGGAACAAAUGGAAGAAAUGAACAAUAAAUCGAUAAGAUCAUAAAAUGAUAUUUAAUCAUAUGAAAA